AUGGCAACCGUUUCCAAUGAUCGAAUUCCCAUCAAUCUCCCGAUUCUUGAUUCGAAGAACUAUGAUAAAUGGGCGAAACAAAUGAAGGUCUUGUUUGGUUAUCAAGAGGUCGGCGAUUGUGAAUCGGCGAAGCAAGCAUGGGAAAUCUUGGAGAAAGCAUAUGUUGGUGCCGUCAAAGUGAAGAGAGGUGCCGACAAAGCCAAAGCGGAGAUUACUUUGCAAGCGCGUUUCAAUGAAAAGAAUAAGAGGUCGAAAGGAAAAUUUGCGGCGAGAGGUAAAUCAAAUUUUCAGAAUUUUGGUUCAAACGAUUCGCAAAAUUCAAAGCAUUCGACGAGUGAAAAGGGUGAAAGUAGCUCCAAGGAUAGUGGUCAUAGCAAUGGUUUUAAGAAGCGUGAUAUGAGUAAGGUGCAAUGCUACAAAUGUAGAAAGUUUGGACACUUUGCAAAUUCGUGUCGUGGUAAAUCAAAUGAGAAUCACAAUAAUGAAGCCAAGGUUGCUAGGGAAGAGGUAGAUGAUGAGGACACACUUCUAGUAAUGAUCACGGAGGAGAGUUAUGGCAUUACGGAUGUUCCGGGAAGCAACUACAGUAGUGAUAGUUUACGGGACAACGGCUGUACCGUUCCGGAAAAUAGCGAGAAAAUGCAUUCGAAUCGAAGUGCAUUGGUUACCGUUCAUGAUGGAGUCCAAGGGAGAGAUGAGUGGUACUUGGAUUCCGGUUGUUCAACACAUAUGACGGGUCGAAAAGAUUGGUUUGUGCAAAUCAAUCAAGCUGCAAAAAGUAAAGUCAAAUUUGCCGACGACACCACUUUAAGCGUCGAAGGGGUAGGAGAUGUUUUGAUCGGAAAAAGGAAUGGUGGACAUUCAAGGAUCAAAGAUGUCUUGUAUAUACCGGGAAUUAAGUGUAAUCUUUUAAGCAUUGGCCAAUUACUUGAAAGAGGAUACAAAAUUCGUUUGGAGGACAAAAUUUUACGCGUUUUGGAUUCAAAUGGUGUGUUGAUUCUAAAAGCGCUGAUGGCUGCCAAUAGAACCUUUAAGGUUGAGUUAAAGGUUAUGGAGCAUCGUUGUCUAACUACCGCGGCAAGUAGAGAUGAGUGUUUAUGGCCUUACCGUCUUGGUCACCUUAAUUUUAGGGAUCUAAGAAUGUUGCAACAAAGUGAAAUGGUAACGGGGCUGCCACACAUUAGUAUUCCAACUGAAUUGUAUGAGGAAUGUGUGAAGGCUAAACAACACAAGAAUGUUUUUAGCAAAGAUGCGGGUCGAAGAACCAAAGGCUUACUUUAG